AAAAGAAAAUGGAGCCUCGAAUGCCUCACAACAUGACUGUGGUCCCCAAUUCUACCAUGGUACAGCCUCUUCUAGAGAGCCGAAUCCCUUAUGGCAGACUGCAACAUCCCUUGACUAUCCUGCCUAUUGACCAGAUGAAGACCACACAUAUGGAAAAUGACUACAUUGACAAUCCCACGCUGGCUCAACUGGUUGCUCAGAAACCUCCCCGGGGCCACCACGAACCCACCCUUCCACCAAGGUGUGAGCAAGAUGUCACCCAUCCAUGGAUCUCCUUCAGUGGGCGACCCAGCUCCAUCAGCAGCAGCAGCAGCACAUCUUCAGAUCAGAGGCUUUUGGACCACAUGGUCCCAGCUCCCGUGGCUGACCAGUCCUCCCCAAGAGCAGUUCGGCUUCAACCCAAGGCAGUUCACUGCAAGCCCUUGGAUCUGAAAGGACUCCCCUCUCUGAAGCUGGACAAGCACUUUUUGCUGUGUGAAGCCUGUGGAAAAUGCAAGUGUAAGGAAUGUGCCCUGCCUAGGACUUUGCCCUCAUGUUGGGUGUGCAAUCAGGAAUGUCUGUGCUCAGCCCAGAACCUGGUCAAUUACUCAACCUGCAUGUGCUUGGUGAAGGGCAUAUUCUACCAUUGCACCAACGAGGAUGAUGAGGGCUCCUGUGCAGACCAUCCCUGCUCUUGCUCCCACUCGAACUGCUGUGCCCGUUGGUCCUUCAUGAGCGCUCUCUCCCUGGUUUUCCCCUGCUUGCUGUGCUACCUACCAGCCACUGGUUGUGUGAAGCUAGCGCAGCGAUGCUACGAUCGAGUGAGUCGGCCUGGAUGCCGGUGCAAAAACACAAACAGCGUGAUUUGUAAAGCGUCCCCAGAUGGGAAAGCUGACAGCAGACCGGAGAAAUCUUUUUAACUGCUGGGAGAGAUGUUGGGAAGUGCAGGAUGGAAAAAG